UAGUCAUGUGACCCGGAACAUCAACUUUCUCCAUGUUGAAAAAUAUGAGCAAAAGAGGAAUUGAUAAGAAAAUAUCCUGUUUCCCCAACAAUUAGGCUUCAUGAUUUGAUAACACGUCACUUAACUUUCUCAAUGUCUAAUAGCGGCACAUUACAGAAAGCUAUCGACUUGGUGACAAAAGCAACAGAGGAAGAUAAAAACAAGAAUUAUGAAGAAGCACUAAGAUUGUAUGAACAUGCUGUAGAGUACUUUCUUCAUGCUAUGAAAUAUGAAGCACAGAGUGAUAAAGCUAAAGACAGUAUACGAUCAAAAUGUGCCCAGUACUUAGACAGAGCAGAAAAAUUAAAACAAUAUCUUGCUAAAGGCAAGAAAAAGGCUGUUCCUGAUGGUGGUAGUGGUACACCUUCAAGUAAGGGAAAGAAAAAUGGAGAAAAAAAGAAUGACAGUGACUCUGAUUCAGAAGAGGAUCCUGAGAAGAAAAAGUUCAAUGAUCAAAUUUCAGGAGCUAUUGUAAUGGAGAGACCAAAUGUCAAAUGGGAUGAUGUUGCCGGAUUAUUUCAGGCCAAAGAAGCAUUAAAAGAAGCUGUGAUUUUACCUGUAAAGUUUCCUCACUUAUUCACAGGAAAACGACGGCCAUGGCAAGGAAUUCUACUGUAUGGUCCUCCAGGAACAGGGAAAUCUUAUCUUGCCAAAGCUGUGGCAACAGAGGCUGAUAACUCUACCUUCUUUUCUGUGUCAUCAGCUGAUUUAGUAUCUAAAUGGCUUGGAGAAAGUGAAAAAUUAGUACGAACUUUAUUUGCUACAGCAAGAGAAAACAAACCAAGUAUAAUCUUUAUAGAUGAAGUGGAUGCAUUGUGUGGAUCUCGUAGUGAAAAUGAAUCUGAGUCAGCCAGAAGAAUAAAGACUGAAUUCCUAGUCCAGAUGCAGGGGGUUGGGGUAGAUAAUAAAAAUGUCCUUGUAUUAGGAGCUACAAAUAUACCAUGGGUGUUAGACUCUGCUAUUAGAAGAAGAUUUGAGAAGAGAAUCCAUAUCCCACUACCAGAGGCCCCUGCUAGAUCAGAAAUGUUCAAAUUACAUUUAGGUAAUACACCACACUCCAUGCAAGAGGAUGACUUCAGGGAGUUAGGAAAAAGGACUGAUGGAUUUUCAGGAGCUGAUGUAUCAAUUGUUGUGAGAGAUGCUUUGAUGCAACCAGUUAGAAAAGUGCAAAAUGCAACACAUUUCCGAAGGGUACGAGGCCCAUGUAGGAAGGAUCCAGAUAAUAUAGUAGAUGACCUUUUGACCCCAUGUUCCCCAGGAGCUCCAGGAGCCAUGGAAAUGAGUUGGAUGGAUGUACCUGGAGAAAAAUUAUUAGAACCUAUUGUGUCUAUGAAUGACAUGUUGGCAUCCCUAGCGAACAGUAAACCUACAGUUAAUGACACUGAUUUGAAGAAACUGGAAGAAUUCACACAUGAUUUUGGUUCAGAAGGAUAGUUGUUUGUGAUAGUUGUUAAAUUAUUGACUUUUAUUUGACAAAUCUGUAAUAUCUUAUCAUACACCAUUAUUUAUCAAGUAUUAUUUACUGUAAAAAUUGUAAAAAAACAAACACUGCUGUUCAGUCUAGUACAAAGUUACUGAAUACAAUAACAUGGAUAAGAAAUACAAGCCAGGUAACCUGCCAUGGGAUAUCGACAUUUAAAAAAAAUUCUGUUAAUGUGAAUAUUUUAGUUCAUGCAGUUUUCUCAAUUUAAAAUUGUUUCAUAUACUAGACCAUUUUUCUUGACUUUUUCCUUUUAACACAUAUUCAAAAGAUUUUAAUCUCCAACUUUAGAAAGUUGAUUAUUUGUUGAAAAUUUAUCUGUUUUUAAUAAAAACAUGAGUAGCAAUCAUCAUGCUUUUUUCAAUUUAAAGGCCAAUUGCAAGAAACAAUACCAUUUAAAAAAAAGGCUCAAUGUUAUUGCUGUUUAAAGUGAGACCAUUUAUCAAAGUGCUAUUUACACACUAGUUUGUUAUAGUACUUUAAUAAAUAAAAAAAAUGUAUGUUUAAAUUAUAUUUAUUUGUAUGUGAGCUAUGAGUUAACCUAUAUUUAAAAACACUUGGGCAAUUGAUAUUUUUAUGUAAUAGCAUUUGUAAAAACUGUGUCUGUUUUCAUUCUGUUGAGGUUCAAUAGGUCUUGAAAAAUUCUACAUUUGUUGGAAUGUGAUUGUGAUUAUUUUUGAAUCAGAUGUUUAGAUUUUCAAGAAAUUAAAAUGCUUAAGGUGGGACUUUGUGUGAACUUUUCAUAUUAUUAAGCAACAAAGAUUGUUUGUAUCUUAAAAUAAGCUGAAGUUCGCAAGUAUGAAUUAACCAAUAUAUUGUAAUGGUAUUGUGUUUCAAAUAAUUUAACCUAUCAAAGCCUUCUUCAACAUCCUCAAAUGUUGCUUGUCAAAUGCAUGCAGUGUGUCAGGUCUUUAAUGACAUUAUGCAUUUUCUGGAAGUAAAAAUUCUACACCUAGUCAAUGUUUUUAAGUUCCUUAAGCAUUGGUUUCUCAUGUGGAUUGAUUCCAUGAAUUUGUCACUUUCAAACAAUAAAGGUUAGGUUAAACCAUGGAUUAUUUACUGCCCAUGUUCUUAUGUAUACUUUUAACAUUUUCUUUUCUUUUCCUGUCAUUUUUCUUUCUUUUCUUUAUCUCUGUAUUGUAUAUACAACAAUAUUGUUUGGAAAGUUAUUUGUUUCAUAAUUUGUGUCCUCAGCAAUUUUAUGUACAAUCAUUUUUUCAUAAAUUUAUGAAAUGUAGUAAGGAAUAUUUACGUAUCCUUAAAAUUCAUUCAGUAAUUUGAUUACACUCAUUGAUUGGUUGUUUAAUAGAACAAGAAUUUUAAUUCUCUGUCAUAAUUUUCAGUUCAGGAUCAACUUGAUUUAAAAAAUCCAUUUUAAGUGUCCUUAAAGAUGAUUACCAUUAAAAGGGAUCUCCAAGAGGCAAAGUCAGAAUAUAAGAAACACCAACAAAACUGAACGACAAAAUCUAAAGAUAUUUUUUCAGAAAUAAACAUGAAAGACAGCACUUAAGGGAUUAAUGUUUAGUUAUCAUGGCAUAUAGAUAUAUGCAGAAGCAUUUUGAUUAUUCAUUGAUUAAUAAAUGGUUCUUAGCAUCCUUUAUCAUACAAAGGAUGUAUUGGGAAUAUCACAGUACAAUAAUAAUAUAAUAUUUAGACAGAAAUUAAAUGGGACGGUAGGUUGAAACAGGACAAUGUGUAAGAUUGUGAUAUUUUGACUGGGCAUGUAAAUAUCAUUUAUAUAUCUCCCAUUUACUGAACUUGUUUUUCUAAUCUUUGUAGACAGUUCAGAUUAUACUGUUGUUAAUAAAUUGAUUCUGAAUUUU